AGCAGAGCGGUGGGGAAGCCACCAGUGGUAGAGCUGGCAAAGACGGAAAAGAGGGAAAGAUAGAGGAGAUAGACAAGAGACGGAGAGGAAACGGCAACACAGCCCGAGACAGAGCGUUUCACCUCGUUUCACCGUCCGCCACCACACGCCACUUUAACCCCUGACAGCAGCAGAAUAACUGAAGAGUGUAUGUGACUGGCCUUUUUUUUUCCCUUCUUCUCUUUUCUUUUUUUUCCACACAGACCUUAUUUCACAACCGAGGGCAGGGACGUUAACACAGCCGCAGUGAACCCAUCAUCCAAGCCCUUGUUGACUGCCUCGCUUGCUUUAUCCAAAGGGAUGCCCUAUUGAUUCCUACUUUCUAACAAAGCCCAUGGAUUACAGCGAGGAUGUUGAGAAGGCCUUGAUCACAGCUGCAACACCAUUAUGACAUAUUUCAAGUCAAAAAGAGCCCAAGUUGAAGACUGACUGAUUUUUUUUGUGGGGGACAUCCAUCUUACUUUUAAAAAAAAAUUUUGAGCAUGUUUUUCUUUGAUUAAGUUGAUUUACUUGUUCGAUCACUCACAUCUCUGUAGUGCACGCCACUCUUCCUGUCACCAUGUACGGCAGUUCCCGUUCCGUCUCAAAGCUGGAUGUUGUUGGAUCCAAUGGGAAUGGGUCAGCGUCUGGGAGUCCCGGUCGCUCCCCACGCCUGCCUCGCUCCCCACGUUUAGGACACCGGCGAAACAGCAGCAGCAGCUCCACUGGAGGACUUACAGGCACUGGUAAAACCUUAUCCAUGGAGAAUAUUCAGUCUAUUAAUGCUGCCUAUGCAACUGGUGGUCCCAUGUACUUCACUGACACAGCUGAAGACCCGGUCGGCGUUGGGAGUCUGAGCAGUGGGUUGAAUCCCUCGCUGCCCAAAAGCACCAUGACCCUGGGGAGGGCUGGGGCCAGGGUCCCCUAUGGGGUCAGAGCGGCUGUAAUGGGGAGUAGUCCUAAUAUAAACUCUGGAGGAGGAGGAGGAGGUGGAAGUGGAGCGCUUGUACCCAGUGAUGCAAUAGCGUUCGGUGGGGAAAUGCAAAACCAGUCUCCACAGGCGGCUACUGUGCCUCACUCUAUGAGACAGGUGAGAGAAGGAGCAAUGUCAGACCUUCAGACUCAGUUGAGAGAAGUGCUGAGGGAGAACGAACUGCUGCGCAGAGACCUAGAGGCCAAAGAGUCCAAGUUGAGUUCUUCUAUGAACUCCAUUAAGACGUUCUGGAGUCCAGAGCUGAAGAAAGAGAGAGCGCUGAGGAAGGAUGAGGCCACAAAGAUGGCUGUCUGGAAGGAACAGUACAGAGUCGUACAGGAAGAAACACAGCAUCUUCAGUGCACCAUCCAGGCUUUACAAGAUGAGCUCAGAAUCCAGCGCGAUCUCAACCAGCUCUUCCAAUCCGAUUACUCCGGCCUCGGAAGCCAGCCCAUUUCCCCUCAAGAAAUGACAGAGGAGAACUUCUUGCGCCUCCAUGCCGAGUAUGAGAGGCAAGCCAAAGAGCUCUUCCUCCUGAGGAAGACUGUUGAAGAAAUGGAGUUGAGGAUAGACACACAGAAACACACACUAACUGCCAGGGACGAGUCAAUCAAGAAGUUACUGGAAAUGUUGCAGAGUAAAGGCCUGUCAUCUCGGGCAACCGAGGAGGAUCAUGAGCGAACGAGGCGACUGGCCGAUGCUGAGAUGACCAUCCACCAAUUGGAGGGUCUGCUGGAGCAAAAAGACAAGGAGAUGCUACAACUCAGAGAGGAGCUGCACAGGAGAUACGAAGCAGCUCCAGAAUCAACAAAGACCAAGGCCCUGCAGACAGUCAUCGAAAUGAAGGAUGCAAAAAUCAGCUCGUUGGAGCGUGGCAUGAGAGAGCUGGAAGAGGAGGUGAUGAUGCUGAAAUCCAAUGGCGCUCUGAGCAGUGAAGAGAGGGAGGAGGAGAUCAAACAGAUGGAGGUCUACAGAUCCCACUCCAAGUUCAUGAAGAACAAGGUUGAGCAGCUGAAGGAAGAGCUAACUCACAGCGAGUCAGAGAAGGAGGAACUAAGGCAACGAGCCAAUGAGCUUCAGCAGGAGGUGUCGGCAAUGGAACAGGCCAAGCAAGAGCUGAGCCGUAAGGACAGCGAGCUGCUGGCUCUCAGGACCAAACUGGACACUCUGAACAAUCAGUUUUCUGACAGCAAACAACAUGUGGAUGUUCUCAAAGAGUCACUAACCGCCAAGGAACAGAGAGCUGCCAUACUACAGACUGAGGUGGACGCCCUGCGUCUCCGACUGGAGGAGAAGGAGUCGCUCCUCUCUAAAAAGAGUCAGCAGAUAUCAGAGCUGACGGAGGAGAAAAGCACUCAGCAAGGAGAGAUCACUGACCUCAAAGACAUGAUGGACGUCAAGGAACGCAAAGUUAAUGUUCUACAGAAGAAGAUAGAGAACCUCCAGGAUCAACUGAGGGAUAAAGAAAAACAGCUGAGUGGCUUGAAAGACAGAGUCAAGUCUCUGCAGACAGACACCUCAAACACAGACACUGCACUGGGAACGCUGGAGGAGGCUCUGGCUGAGAAGGAGCGAAUCAUCGAGCGGUUGAAGGAGCAGCGGGAAAGGGAGGAGAGGGAAAAGGGGGAGGAAGUGGAGACCAGCAAGAAGGAGCUGAAAGAACUGAGGGAGAAAGUCUCCCAGCUGCAGGCUGAACUGGCUGACCGUGAGACAUCAGUGUUGGAUCUCAAAGAGAAGGCUUCCUCUUUGGCCUCCUCGACUCUCAAGAAGGACAACAGGCUGAAAAGUUUGGAAAUAAAUCUGGAGCAGAAGAAAGAGGAGUGCAUCAAGCUGGAGAACCAACUAAAGAAGGCUCAGAGUGCAGCGGCAGAGUCUCAGGCCAACGCUGAACUCUCUGAGCGGAUCUCCAGCCUUGAGCAGGAAGUGACCCGGUACAAAGAGGAGGCUGGGAAGGCCCAAUCUGAGGUGGAACGACUUCUCGAGAUCCUCAGGGAGAUGGAGAAUGAAAAGAAUGACAAGGAGAAAAAGAUUCAUGAACUAGAGAGACAGAUGAAGGACCAAUCAAAGAAGGUGGCCAACCUGAAGCACAAGGAGCAGCUGGAAAAGAGCAGGAAUGCCCAGCUGAUGGAAGAGGCCAAGAAGAGAGAGGACAAUCUGAACGAAAGCUCGCUGCAGAUAAAGGACUCUCUCCGUCAGAAGGAGGAGCGCAUUGAGGAGCUGGAGGAAGCGCUGAGAGAAAGCGUUCAGAUCACAGCCGAGAGGGAGGUGGUGCUCGCCCAGGAGGAGCAGGCACGCACACAGGCCGAGAAGCAAGUGGAGGACCUGCUGGUUGCUAUGGAGAAGGUGAAACAGGAACUGGAGGUGAUGAAAGCCAAGCUGUCAUCAACUCAACUCUCACUGGCUGAGAAGGAAGGUCACCUGACUUCGCUGCGGGCCGAGAGGCGGAAGCACCUGGAAGAGGUCCUUGAGAUGAAGCAAGAGGCACUCCUGGCAGCGAUAAGUGAGAAAGACGCCAAUAUCGCCCUGCUGGAGCUCUCCUCGUCCAAGAAGAAGAAAACCCAGGAAGAGGUCGCAGCUCUGAAGAGGGAGAAGGAUAGUCUGGUUCAACAGCUCAAACAGCAGACUCAGAACAGGAUGAAGCUGAUGGCGGACAACUAUGAGGAUGAUCAUUUGAAGGUUUCAUCCCCAAACUCAGAGCAGCCCAACAAUCACAAACCCUCCCCAGACCAGAUUCUUUCUCCUCUCCUGGAUCUUAAUCAGAAUCGCAGUAAGCUGAAGCUGUACAUCAGUCACCUGACCUCACUCUGUCAGGAGCGAGACCCAAUCAUAUUGAAAGAUUUCGCCCCGCCCCCCGCCUAUCACCGCUCUGACUCCGCCUCCUGGCAUACGCAGCUGCACAGCAUGACGCAGGAACAGUUGGAGGCGGAGUUAGCACUGUGUGAGAGGGAGGGGACGGAGCUCCAGGAGUACGCCAAUCAAGUCCUGCAGCAAAUCGCCGACCGAUGCCCUGACAUUUUAGAGCAAGUUGUCAACGCCUUGGAGGACAGCUGCUGACACACUAAUUCACACACACUGGCAGAAAAUGAUUAAAAAAAAGCUUACAUUCAAACAUUUAUUAGUAUGUAAAAUCAGAAGGCAAACAUUUAACACAGCUUGGCCCCAUAAUUCCCCGAUGCGCAAAUAAAAUCAGUGCUGCACAUGAAUAGGAAGACGUUCCCAGCCUUCACAGAAAAGGGGAACUAAGACAAAAAAUCUAAUUAUUACUGAAAACUAGGCUUAAGUUGCUUUAACUUUCUGUUUAGAGCACUAUAUCAGCAUGCAAGUCAGCUAGAAAUAAUUGGUCAUCUACAUUUAUUUAUAUUACUACCCCAACACAGAAAGAGCCCUCACUGCACCGGCCAUACGUGACACCUUAUAGCGAGCUUCCCAUGUUCUGGGAUUCAGCGGGAGGAUUUGUAUUCGUGACUUGGGGCAAAAAGUAUUUUCAAACCUUCACAAAAAGGUGAACAUAAGCUGAGCUUGCCAGGUUCUUACACGCUGUUGCCACAUUAUUGUAUUAGUUCAGAUUCAAAAAUAUGUUUAUUUCAACUGCCUUUGGCUCUUUACAUCAUUUGCUGCUAUCUUUGUAAUUUUUAGGUUCCUUUUUUUCUCAUUUUCUUUGUUUGUGUCUGAUGAAAUGUCCUAACAUGCAGUUCCUUUCAGCAGUAUUCUCUAGAUAGUUGUGUAAAUUGUAAAGGGAGCGGUUUAAUUAACACAUACACAGCUUUCGUCAGGGGUAACAUGACACUUUAAUCUAUUGUUUCCCAUUAUUGAUGAAAGUACAAACUACAGUAAAUAACUCGCAAAACUCCCUUUAUGAAGACACACUGGCAUGGAUGGUCUGACUUUCUGUUUCACCACUGAAAAUCACACGUCUCCUUCAUUUAUGCCGAAAUUAGGUUCAGAUAAGAAAACCCCUUUUAUGACAAUCCCUUUAGCGUUAACAUGAGGUGUCAAGUCUGAACUUUACUCAUUUACCUUUAGUGAAACAUCUUUUUUUCUUUAUUUUGGGAGGGGAGAAAAUAUAAAGUAAAUGUUAUAUAUAUUUUUUUGCUUUUGGUAAUAUAUAUUAAACACUAAUCUUGUUUAACUGAAAGUGUCGUCAUCUGUUGGUUGGUAUGCUAGCGUAUGGUAAUGCGUCAAAGUCUUUUUUUUUCCUUGGACACUGUUAUUGGGAACGUGUAUUGCACCUACAGAAGGCUUUGUGUCCACCAGGAAUAUUUUCUCAGACUCAGUUUCUUGUUCUUGUUGUUUACAGUGGAAAUGACACUGCAUGUCUCCCACAGCGCUGACAGCCUUAGCAUGAUUUAAACUUUUACGGCAGUGAGCACUAGAGGUUCAAAUUGUUUCAGCUUGAAGCAAAAUUUCCUUCUUUUUUUCCCCCACCCUUAUACUGUAUUGAGCGAUGAGGCCAUGACGGGAACUGUUUAGCGCUGCUUCCUGGUAAGAAACACCUGGUGGACACAAAAUCUAAAGACACAGAUUCACAUUACGCUCUCAAAUCUGACUGGGACGCUCACGAGAAAAAAGGAAAAAACAGCUUUUGUUUGUUGGCACCUGAGCAGCGUUUUACAAAGCUCAAAGUCACACGGGUGCAAACGAGAAGCUUCAUUUCAAAGAUACCUGAAAUCUCACACUGCUUUGGGUUGGAGGUUCCUCAGAUGUCUUUUUUUUUGUGGUUGUAUGUUUUAAGAGGGGGACCCCAGCAGAUCUGAGUGUGUUGUAAGUUCAGUAUUUGUUGUCUGUUUUAUACUGAUAAUGUUUGUCACUGGGGGUGAUGAUGACUGGGACUCACUUUAAAUUUCUUGUGGAUUAAAAAUCAGAAUGAGAGAGAAUGGAAUAAAAUAUGGAUUUAUCUUUA